AUGUUGUCCUUGCUUUUUCGUCAUGGCUGUAGCGCGGAAAAUCCGUCUUGGGUCACAACUCCAAUUCAUAUUGCUGCACGUCAGGGACACCACGAUGUAGUGUCUUUACUUCUGGAGAAUAAUACUAACAUUAAUGCGUUGGACGAGGACUCCCGAACUCCCCUGCAACUGGCUGCCCAGCGCGGAAACAUAAAUGUUGUUCAGCAAUUGUUGAGCCUUGGUGCGGACAUUACAGCCAUCGACAAGUGGUCUCAGUCGGCCGUCAGACUAGCUAUUGAUGGUGGACAUGUCGAAAUUGUGUCCUUGUUAAUGGACCAUGGUGCUUCUCUGAAGGCAAAUGCAGAUGGUUCAAAUCAUCCACUUCACCUAGCA